UAACGUAAGCCAUACUGAAGUUUGUAUAUCAGGGGAAUUAAUAAAUCCGAAUAUUAAUCAUUUAUAAUAAUUUAAUCCUAAAUAUUUUUGCUGAACAUAAACAACACGUACAUGUAUAACUUGUGAUUAAAACCAUUGCUUUUAAAGUUAGGAACUAAUUUUCUGUAGAAAAAUGUGAUUUUUUAAAAGAAUAACCAGCCGUACUAGAUAUUAAACCAACAUGUCGGCAGCCGAAGUGUCUAGGCAGCCACUCCACAACAGCCACGAUAGCUUUACAGAUGGUGACGGUCGUUUAACAGUAGCCAGCACAUUAUCAGGCUCCUUUUCUGUGAACUCCACAUACAGCCAUGCAACAGAUAGAUUUUCAUCUUUGUCCAGACUAAGUAGAGCCAGUAUCAAACUUAGAACGACGUCCAGCUUCCCCAGUAUUCUAAGUUUGUAUGAACCUAUACAGGAAGGGAAGGUUUAUCAGGGUGACCGUCAAAAGCCACCAUUUACUGAUAGAGGACCUCAUCGAAAUAAAGAAAAACCAAAACCAAAACGUUUUGCAAAAUCAAAAGAGUGGGGAGAGCAUCUGGAUACAAGAUUCAAAACUGAGAAUCGGACAAUACGAAUAGAAGCAGUAGCUAGAGAACAAAUGGACAAAUACGAUAAGUACAUAAAAGAAUUAAAUACAAAAGUAGAAAAACAGAGAGAUCAACAAAGAAAGCGCGAUGAAGAGUUUGAAGAAAGACUGCGACAGUUAGAGGAAGAGGGAAAGAAGAAACAUAAAAUUGUGAAAAGACCCAAAGAACAAUUUGUUCACGAUCGCGAAUACGUUAGAAACCUGCCUAAAUCUAAUCUAUCCAAGAUGGUUCGAUUAUCAGAUGAUCUUCAGAAGAAAGGUAUAUUGAAAACGCCCUUAGAUGUGGACAAAUUUUGGAAAGAUUUUGGCAGAAAAAGUAUUGAUAAUACAGACAUCUUUAAACGUGACCCUUUAACAGAAGUACCAGAUAGCCGACACUGGAUCGGUAAAAAGACGACAUUACAAUCACUAGAUGAUAAAGCAAAGAAAAGAAAGCUGAAAAAAAUAUAUGGCAGUCAUGAUUCCAAUCCGUUACCCACUAUUCCUUCACGGAAGUCAAGGAUGAGGAAAGCAAAAUCUUCGGAGGAGAAUCCUGGUACAAAAGGAUCUGACAAAAGUAAAAGUGCAUUUGACCCUAGUCCUGGACCAUCCGAAAAACAUUCGGAGCUCACAACGCCAUCUGAAGCGUGACUUACGCCUUUCACAUAAUCAGCAUUGUUUCAUGUAAAUGUUUUAUGUAUAAAAAAUACUAGUACCUAUGUUUAUUACUGAAUUGUGUAACAUCACAUGAAUCACAACCUGCAAUAAUUUCCUGUUCACUUUGCUCCAUAUAGAGACUUAUUGAUCACAUUGUCGACUACUAGUAUAUAAAAAAUGCACUCAUGCUCUCAUGGUAUUUGAUGUUGUAUCAUAAGCCCCUCAAGACGUUAGCUCGGUGUACAUGGUAUAUCUAUGUUACACCAUGGUAUUACGAUUUAUGCAAAAUGAUAGCUUUCAAGAAUUUCGAUGGGGCUCUUGUAGGAAUACUAUUUUAUUUAAGGAUAAAGCAUUGUAAAUGCAGGAUAUCCAUUGACAUGUAAUGACAUCAUGGAGUACGAAUUAUUAUUCAUAAUUAAGUCAAGGUAAACGUUCAAUAAAAAAAUGUAUUAAUGUAAAUGAACCACGUGCUCCCCCCUCCCCCACGAAAUAGUUCUUAAUUUAAUUUUUUAGAUCUACUAAUUGAAGAUUAACAAAGCAUAUAUUUAAAUAUAACAAAUUAUUUAUGUUAUUUGUUUUCAUAGGUUACAAUUUUUUCAUCACAUUCAUUUGAACUUUUAAGGCUGAAUAUUUUCCGAAUUGAAAUUAUCACAAGGUGUUUUAAUUAGAUGAGGUUUCAGUUUAUGUUUCGAUAUUUCGUUAGCCUCUUUUACCAAAAAGCCUUUCAAUUCAAUAAUGUUUACAUUCCGAGAUUUCAGUAGGGUGUGAAAUACGUCAAUUCAUAUCAACAGAUACAGGUUUGCGACUUAAAAAGGACUGGAUUGACAUUGUAGUCACCUUGCUUGUGACCUUUCUUUCAUUUAAUUUAUUUGCCUUUCUGUUACAAGAUAUUCAGAAUCAAGACUUUACAGAAUGUUUAACAUGGCCAGUAGUAUUUCGAUAUUAAACAAAAUCGUCCAGUGGCUUGAAGCUAGGUUAAAUAAGGAUGAUAUAUAAUCUGAAAAAUGUUACGUUUGUUUUCAAAAUUGAAAUUAACAAGGCAGAUACAUUAAAUAAUAUCUUUAUCCCUAACCUUGAAUCUCAUCAUUGUAUAAAAGUAUGUUAUACUUUGUGUGUUUCAGUCUGCAGGUAAUGUUAUUGUAUUUUGGUAUACUAGUAUAUAUAUUCUAAUGUUUUAUAUGAAACUCAGGGAACAUACACUUUAUUUGUGUAUAUUCAUGGUUACAUGUUUAAUUGUGUUUGCUUAUGUUAGGAUAAUGAUGAAAAAACAUAAACCAGAGAAAACGAAAUAUCAAACAAGGUUUAAUAUAACCAAAAAAACUGCAGAAAAAAACACUACAACUUGUUUAUAAAUU